AUGGGCUAUUGUGUUAGGUUUAAGAAUAAUUGGAAAAGAGAAGUAGACUUAGUUGUAAUAUCUAUAUUUAAUAUAAUGCGUGUAUUUUCUCUCUUCUGCCAAUUCCAAUCACUCUUCUUUGUGUCUGUAAUGUUAUUGGGAAUCUGGUUUAUUUUUACAAGUUCAUCACUAUACUUAUUUACUUCAUCAUUUUAUUCUGUGUUACUUAUUUACGGAUCUCCUCUAUUAUUUGUAUUUGUCUACAGAUUUAUUUUAUUUUCAUUUCAAUACAUAAGCGUAUCAAUCAAGUUUUAUAGUAAUGUUAGUGAUAAGAUCAUCCCUAAGGAUGGUUACAGAAAACAACUCGAAGCUGUUUUGACAGAAUUUAGUUCAAAUAAUUAUAAUUGGAUACAUAUUAUUGGUAUUAUUAUACCUCUUUUUGGUGUUAUCGUUGGGUUAGUUGGUUAUUUAAUUCUAGAGAUUGUUUAUAAUGUCCAUGGCAAAAAGAAUGGACAUCGAGCACCAUCUUUUCUUGGAACUAUAGGGAUUUCUUAUUUGGUAAUAGGUGCAGCCAUUCAAUUAUUAAUCUUUUUUAUAAAGAUUAUUUGUGACUGUAAACAGCAACAUGAAGAAAUUAGUAAAGAACUAAGGGAUGAUGAAGGUUAUAUUUUUAUAAUUAGUUAUUUAAAGUGCCUGCCAUUCUUUUCGAUUCUGUUGAUUGUAUAUUCAUUGAUCUUUGAAUCUGAUUCAAAAGACAAUUCUAAAAGUAAUACAAAACCAUCAAAUUGUCAAUGUGUUGCUGUUGCUGUCAUAACCGUAAUAUGUGUAAUUCUAUUCCUUACCUUUUGUGGAUUUUAUAUAGGGACUGUUAUUAGUACAUGGCAAGAAGGGAAAUGGCUAUUAUUAUACUUAAUAAUAUUUUUAUUCUCAAUACUCUCUAAUGGAGUUACUAUAAUCAAAGAAUUAAGAAAUAGGAAAUUCAAGGAAGCAAGUGAUAAAGCUGAUUCUCAUUUUGGAUUUGAUUUUAAUAGUAGUAUUAUUCUUGCAAUUAUACUAAUUGUUAUUGUAGUUAUCAUUGCAUGUAUAGUUGUUGUUAUGGUUUAUAUUAUGCCAAAUAUAAAAAAUAAAUUCAAAGGAGAUAAUACUCAAGAAGGUAUUAAAAACGAUGAGUCUUAUUUAGAUUUAACACAACAAUUAAAUGGAUUUUUGUGGGACAUUUCAUAUGAUUAUUCAUUUGAUAAUUAUGAUUAUUACCAAGAAUCAAGUAAGAUAGAAAGAAGUACUCGUAGUCAAUCACAAUUAUGUUCAAAUGAUUCAUAUGGCAUUACACCAGCAGAAUAUGGUUGUUUGAGUUCUUUAGCAUAUAAUGAAAAAUCAAAAAAACAAUAUCAAAAAGAUUUUUCUGAACAAAGAAGUAACUCAGAUGUAUCAGGAAGUAAUGAAAAUGAUUCAAGUGAAUAUGAAAAAAUUGACCAAUAUCUUAAAAACAAAGGUUGGGAAAUCCAACAACAUAGUAAAGGUGAACUACAUUAUCUGGUAGGAAUUAAAACCUUUACAAAAGGUCAACCAAAUAAGGUAAAAGUGAUAUCUUUUAGAGGAACGUAUUCAAAUUGGGAUAGGGUUUAUGAUGUUCAAUUGUUUAGUGAAUCUGCAUUUCCAAUUCUAUCAGUUACGGUAUUUCCAUUAUUUACAAAACAAACUCUUUCAAAAAUAAGUUAUGGACUAUCAUUCUUCGGAACAAAAGCAUUCAAAAAAACUGAUAAAACACUUUUAGGCAUAGCAAAAGAAGUAGUAGCUAAAGAAAUGAAAGAAGGAAUCCCUAUUGUGCUUACUGGUCAUUCACUUGGAGGAGGGAUUGCAAAUCUGGUUGGAACGGAUCAGGGAUUGCCAAGUUUUGGAAUUUCUCCUCCUGGAACAUUUUUAGGCUCAAAAGGAUUAGGACUAAAGAAAAAGGAUGUUCCUGUACUUGUUAGAGCCAUCAUACCUGACAGAGAUCCUGUUGCUGCUAUAGGAAUAAAUGGAGGAAUACGAAUCAGAAUACCAUGCUAUGCAAACUCAUUGAAGUGCCAUGGUAUACACAAUUCAGUUUGUAUGAUUGGUGAAUUGUGUAACGAUAAAAACAUGUUAGAGCUAUGUAAGGACACAUGGUUGAGUUGGGGGUUUGAUGGGACAAACAUAUAA